AGGCUUUACAUUGUAUUAAGUGAGAGGUACUUAGGUCUACUUCCACCAUGUAUGUAGUAGCAGUCAAGUUCACAGACACAACAAAAUGUCAUUAUGAAGUGAUAUUUCAUCAGCUGGUUUGUUAGAUGAAGAUGUGGCAGAAUCAGGUGGUUUUUUACGAAUGAACAAUCCAAUAAGAGAUAGAGGUGCAAGUAACAGUAGUACUGAGGUGCACUCUAGUCUGUUUCCAGUAAACACAACAACUUCAACUCCAGGAAUAUCUAAUGCAGUUGCUUCUAAUGACAAAGCUUUACUGGUGAGACAUGCUCGUCUGUUUCGCAGUCUCAGUGGCCUUGAUGGAAGAAUCCCAUCAGUUAUGGAGAAUAAUGGUAGCACUUCUCAAGGUAGCAGUCGACAGUUGAAGACAUUUUCAGGAGUCUUUACUCCAGUCUGUUUGUCUAUGUUCAGUGCAGUACUGUUUCUCAGAGUAGGUUAUGUUGUUGGCUAUGCUGGAGUCCUAGAAUGUUUGGCCCAAAUGACUCUUUCCUAUUUAAUCGUGGUGUCAACUAUUUUAUCAAUUUGUGCAAUUUCUUCCAAUGGAGCUGUAGAAGGAGGAGGAGCAUACUUUAUGAUAAGUCGAGCCUUAGGUCCAGAAUUUGGAGGCAGUAUUGGUACUCUUUUCUUCAUUGCCAAUGUCUUCUCUAGUGCACUAUACCUGUCAGGUUGUAUUGAAGGAAUAGUAGAUAAUUUUGGAGACUCGGGAAGCAUUGCAUCUUUGCUACCAACUGAUUCUGUGUGGAAAUUUCUAUAUGGUUCUUUGCUUAAUCUUUUUAAUCUCCUGGUUUGCUUGGUUGGAGCUUCUAUGUUUGCCAGAACAUCUGUUUUCAUCUUUAUCAUUGUGCUUGUGAGCACUUUGUCUGUGAUAGUGAGCUUUUUUGCUCUUAAACCAGGGUGCAUCCCCUUACCAAUGGAGAAUGAGUAUAUUCGUCAGUUCAACAUUACCUGUGGUAUAUACUCAGGCUUUAGCUGGGAAACUUUCACCAGUAAUAUUUGGAGUAACUACACUAUUGAUUACACUACAACUCAGGACAGUACUAGUUUUGCUAUGGUUUUUGCUGUGUUUUUCAGUGGCACUACAGGUGUAAUGGCAGGUGCCAAUAUGUCAGGAGAUUUAAAGGAACCUGCCAAAUCUAUACCCCGUGGAACUUUAUCAGCAACUGCAUUCACCUUUGUUACAUACCUUUUAUUGGUAUUCUUCACAGCUUUUACCUGUUCAAAUUUUUUACUGCGAAACAAUUACUUGUUCAUGCAGUAUAUCAAUCUUCAACCUCCAUUUGUUGCUGUUGGAAUUUUUUUUGCUACUUUAUCAGCAGCUUUAAGUAAUCUGAUUGGAUCUUCUAGAGUUUUGGAAGCCCUUGCUAAAGAUGAACUUUUUGGAGUUAUGCUUCGACCCAUUGUACGGUUCACCACCCGAGGAGGAAACCCUGUUGCUGCCGUUUUAGUGGCAUGGGUUUUAGUAGAGUUAAUUUUGUUGAUGGAAUCCCUCAACCUGAUUGCUCAGAUCACUUCUAUUUUUUUCCUGUUAUCCUAUCUGUCAACAAACUUGGCAUGUCUAGCACUGGAGCUAGCAUCAGCUCCCAACUUCAGGCCAUCAUUCAAGUAUUUUACCUGGCACACAGCUGGAAUUGGAAUUGUGGGUUGUGGUGUCAUGAUGUUUGUUAUCAGUCCUAUUUAUGCUGCCAUUACCAUUAUCUUGUGUCUGGUGCUUGUCAUUGCCCUUCACCUCCGAUCACUUCCAAUUCGUUGGGGCUCUAUCAGUCAAGCCCUCAUCUUUCAUCAGGUAAGAAAGUACUUAUUAUUGCUUGAUAGCCGAAAGGACCACAUCAAGUUUUGGCGACCCCAGUUUUUGCUGAUGGUGGCAAACCCCCGAUCUUGUGUAUCACUAAUCAAAUUUGCCAAUGACCUGAAGAAGAGUGGAUUGUAUGUGUUAGGCCAUGUAAAGAUUGGAAAUAAGGACAUGUUUGCCACAGACCCUAUAACUGAAGAGUACCCUUUGUGGCUGUCUAUAAUAGACAAACUAAAGGUUAAAGCUUUUGUGGAGGUUACCUUAGCUAAGUCAGUUCGAGAAGGCUUUCAUCAUCUUGUGUGGGUGGCAGGACUUGGAGCCAUGAAACCAAAUACGAUUCUUUUUGGUUUUUAUGAUGAAUGCUCUCCAGGAUUUUUUGAGAAGGAUCAGGUUUUUGAACCACUUCACAAAGCAACCAUUCGAGACCAGGUUUUCUUGGGAUUAAGAGAUCAAGAAACAAGUAAAAUGCUUACUGCUAAUGAGUAUGUAAAAAUGAUUCAUGACAGCAUCUUCUGGCUUCAGAAGAAUGUCUGCUUAGCUCGCUAUUUUGAAAAACUGGAUAAGGACAAGUUAAAAAAGUCUAAGGGUGUCACCUACAUUGAUGUAUGGCCAAUGGAUUUUUUCCAACCUGGGUUAGUUACUAUUAUUGAUAAUUCCUGGCUUUUCAUCAUGCAGCUGGCCUGUAUUCUCAACAUGGUGAGUAGCUGGAAACGCUUUACUGUACUAAGGGUAUUUAUGUGUAUGGAUGCUCAGACAGAGAGUGCUUCUCUUCACCAAAGUCAGUGGGAAAGUAUGCUACAGAUGUUGAGAAUUAACGCCUCAAUCAGUGUAAUCUUCUGGGACCACGUAACUGCCCUGCUGGACAAUGAGAAUGACCAUGUUGGAUAUGAUUAUCUGGGUAGUGUGAAUGCCAUGAUCAAACAACACGCUAAAAAUACAGCUGUUCUUUUUAUUCACCUCCCAACUCCUCCCUCAGAAGAACAACACAAUGAGUCAUAUCUUGAGAAACUGAACAUUUUAACAGCAAAUCUUCCACCAACAUUGCUGGUUCAUGGAAUCAGUCCUGUCAUCUCUACUACUCUUUAGGAUUAAAAUAAAAUGAACAAUCUAAAAGGUAUAAGUACAAACACACUAACUGUGAAUUUCAUAAGAUAUCUAAAUAUUUGACUUUCUUGUAAGAUCUAAAUUUUAGUCCUAUUCUAUAAAUUUACAACCAGAUAAAGUGUGUAAUAUGUAUAACAUAUUCAUAAACUUAAGGCCUAUUGUAAACUUGACUGUGAAUUUCAGUAGAUAUAUAAACAUUUUAAUUUCUUGUAAAAUGUAAAUUUUGGUCUUAACCUAUGAACUUAGUCAUAUGAAGUGUGUAUAAUGUGUAUCUCAUAUUUAUAAACUAAAAGCUUAGUGUUCUCUUGGCUGUGAAUUUCAAUAGACCUAUGAAUAAGAUGUAAAUUCUAGUCCCAAUCUAUGAAUUUACAACCAUAUAUAUUGUACAUUACACAUUUAUCAACUUUAGGUGUUGUGUUUAGGCUUUAAGUGUGCCUGUAUUUUCAUUGAUUUAACACCAGUACAGAUGGUUAUCUUGUUACACGCCAUACAUUUAGUGACAAUCUACCUUUGAUAAAAAAAAAAAGGAUCUACAUAUACUUUUUAGUAAAAUUUAGAUUUUUCUAAUUUUAUUUGUUUUAUUUUGUUAAAAAUUAAAUUAUUUGCUGCUCCUACAAAUUUGGAAUAACGUUUAGAUUUAAUACUUCCUCUGAGAAUAUAUUCAUGUGUUUGAAGUUAGGAUGAAGAAAAGAUUUUUCUCCAUUAAGGGAUUUAAUUUUAAUGUGGAUAGGCACAAAAAAUUUUUGGGAGGAAUUUAUUAAUUGCUUGUAAAUGUGUACAGAAAUAAUGGAUUUUUAAUUCAGUAGAAUAAUGUUUUAAAUUGUGAAUUUGUCAACAUGUUUACCAAUAUCUUUUAGUAUAAGAACAACAUUAGCUUAUUAAACUUACAUUUGUCAUUAUGUAUUCUAUUAUUUGUUAAUGGGAUGUAAAAAUGUUAACUUGUUUUUUUUUAGCUUUGAAAUUUUCAUCUUUAAUAUUUGACAAAAAUCUGAGUAUAAAAUUGACAUUAAAGUACAAUUUACAUUUUUACCUGAAAAAAAAAGCUAGGUCAACUGCUAUCGAAAAGUAUAUGAAUAAUGAUACUUCAUAAAAUGUGUAUGUAAUUGAAUGCAUGGAUUGAAAAAGCUGUUAUAUUGAUGAAACAGACAGCGUUCUGUUUGUUUGUGUCAACAUUUAAAAUCUCCAUCUCAAGUUUUUGAACACAUGUCUAAGAACAGUCAUGCUUUUUGAUUCUUCUAAGGUAAAUAUCCUCAGCAGAAAACACAAAAUUAAUAGAUGAAAAAUAAAAGAAGCCCUGUUAAUAACAAAAAACUUUACCAUAUUCUUAACAACUACAAGGGUGUUCAUUUAUACCUGUUUUAAUUGCUCUCCUCUCUUGUAUAUAGAACAAAUUUCCAUACUUGAACUUGGGCCUAAAUGCUUUAUUUAUGUAUAUACCUAAAUCUGACAAUUUACUGAUAAAUUACUUUAUUGAGUUUGCAACUGCUUAAUCACAUUCUUAUAGAUUAGUAUUGGUAUGGAUUCUCACUGAAACUGUAUUCACUGUUUUUUAAAUCAAAACAAAGUUAAAAUUUACAGUUUUAUAAAAUAAAAACUAAGGAAAUUUUAUAAGAAUGUAGGAAAACCUGAAAAUUAGUAAUUGGCAUUUUAAAAGUGUUUCUUAAAAAAGUCAUGGUGAUUUUUUCAAAUUUUAAUUCUUUAAAAUAUACAUAUGAAAAUAAGAUAUUUGCAGAAACUGCGUAAUUGGUAGAAAGUUUGUCUCAAGUUUCAAACUAUUUCAAAUUUGUAUUGAGGCCAGCUAGCUAACGUUUGUUUGGUAAUGAAUAUUGUUUUGUCUAUUAUCUCCAACAAUUCUAAAAUCCUAAUGUUUUAAGUCAUCCUUAAGAAUUACUAAAAUUUUACAUAUGUUGCUAUUACUGUCUUGAUAUUUAACAAGCACUGACCAGCAGCAGUUGCUAUUACUGUCUUGAUAUUUAACAAGCACUGACCAGCAGCAGUUGCUAUUACUAUUAUGAUAUUUAACAAGCACUGAGCAGCAGCAGUUGCUAUUACUGUCUUGAUAUUUAACAAGCACUGAGCAGCAGCAGUUGCUAUUACUGUCUUGAUAUUUAACAAGCACUGAGCAGCAGCAGUUGCUAUUACUGUCUUGAUAUUUAACAAGCACUGACCAGCAGCAGUUGCUAUUACUCUCUUGAUAUUUAACAAGCACUGACCAGCAUAUUUUCCAUAUUGUAUAUCAUAGUUUAACAUUUUUAAGAGUCAAAUUUAUUUUUGUUUUUUCCUUGUUUUAAUGUACAUAACUGCUACUUUAAAAUCUAAAUUUUACUUUUACUGCCCAUUAAACAGUUUCUUUAAGGUUUUCAAAGUGUUGUAUGAUAUAUUGAAUAUCUUUUUCAUGUUUAAUGGUUUUUUAAUACGUACUUCGUUCUGGGAAGAAUAUUUUCACAGUUUUAUUCACAAGCAGCAGUGAUUGUAUGUGUGUAAUUAAUGACUAUAAAAUACCUCAGUUAUGAGUAAUAUUAUCUGAAAUGUGAUUAUUCUUAAAGCAGUGUCAAACAUUGAUGUUGUUUAAUUGAAAACUGUUAUUGUUUUGUUGUUAUACCUAGAAAUAUUUGAUCUAUUGACUAUAUACUGAUAUUUAUUACUAAAAUUUUGUAGAUGAUAUACUGUAACAGGUUAUUGGAUAGUCUUGUUAAACUUGUGAAACAACUUUAAGUGAAGUGAUAUCAUUUAUUAGAUGGUCUCAUAUCACCUACUCUGUGAUGCACUGUGGGUGUCUUUGUUAAUUUGCAACUAUACUGGCUGCAUGCAUGACAUUGUGUAAAUCAGUAAAUAAUUAAACAGACACUUAAUAACUGAUUAUCCUUCUCAGUUCCAAGAAAUAUGUAGUUUGUAGUGUAAGAAACUUUCAAUUUUAGAAUAUGUAGUUUAAUCUGUUCCUAUAAUAUUUUGAUCUUUUAAGAGAAUUCAUAUCCAUCGUAAAACAGUUGUACCAAUGUCAGUCAUAAUUUAGGUGUAUCUUUUGACCCAGUGGUUUUUGAGUGACAUAUACAAAAAUAUUGAAUUAUUCUUUUUGAAAUCUGUUUCAGUGAAAUAUUACUGCUUUCAUUAAAUUAAUCAGGUACAGUUGUUUUCUAAUUGUGCUGAAUAGACAAAUUUUUUGACUGAAUUAAAGAUUUCGUUGUAUUUAUCUUUGUCAUGUAGGAAUAUAGUGUAUGUAGUCUGUAAAUUGUUCAGUGAUCAAAGUCAAUGAAAUAGUGUGUAAACUAUUGCAUUGAACAGUAAAAUUAAUUUUAUAAGACAAAAGAUUCAUCUUAUAAUUAAUAGAAAUAAGCAUACAGGUUUUCAUAUAAAGUAAAAAAUGGCUGUGGUAGUUUUGGAAGGUUGUAGUUUUAUUCUGAUGCACAUUGUAAUUACUUGAAAGUUUUUUUGAAAGUUUUUCUUAGCCCAUGAUUACAAUUUGAGUUUUUAAAAAAAUUUUACUCUUGUUUAAAACAGUAUGAUUGUUUUCUCAUCAAUUUCUUUAUGUAAAUUUGUCAUUCACAAAUAUAUAUAUAUAUAUAUUUUAAACAUAUUCGUAGAUUUGUUGGUAAAUGGAAUACAAAGUAUAGCAAUGUACGUGUUAAAAAUGUAAUAGUAAAAGUGAUUAUUGGUAAUGAUUUUUAAAGUUAUUUAUAGCCUUAUUAAAUGUAAUAGAAAGUAUGAUUAAGUAUGUGUUACAAAUGUAGUAGUAAGUGUCUGAUUAUGGAUAGUGAAAACUUUUAGUUGUUUUACCCUUAUCAUAUGGGCUUACAUGGUGAAGUGUAUUGCAAGAAAUCUUAAAGAACAAAAUACACAUUAGUUUUGUGUGUUUGGAUAACAUUUGUAUACUAUUUAAAUACAUAAUUGUGCUAAAACAUUGUUUCUAAUGGAAUAGAUGUCUAUAUGAUAGCCAGCUUUGUAGCUGUUAAGAGUGACUAUUUUCAGAUUUUGUUUGAGUGAUGGAAGUUAUUAACUCCUAAAAAUAUAUUUAGCUUGACUGGUGAUUGGUUAAAGCAAUAUAGGGUGAUGUUCAAGACAAAAACUUUUUAUUAUAUUUGUUUUCAAAUGUGAAAACCAACUUAUUUUAAAAGAGAAUUUAUUACUCAAUAUGGAUCAAGCCUACGGUGUUAAGGAAGAGUUUAUAAGUCAUAUUUUGUUGGUUUGAUGCUAUUUUCAGCUGUACUAAUUAUGAUGAAACUGUCAGCGUUUACACUGAUAUUGAACCAGCAAGACUUGGCAUAUCUACGCUCCUUUAAAAUCUGUAAGCUUACUCCAGUUUUAAUUAACGUAUGUAGUGGUUAAAAAAAGAAGC